UAAGCUCUCAUAUAACGUUACAUUUCUUAGCUCUAGUUACCACUUUUAAAACGUAGUUUGUUAGCUUAAUAUAGAUAGUUUUUAGUACGAUACCAUCGCUAGCUACCUACCUAUCUCAGCUAGCUAAAAAAGCAGGCUAAGUUAAAGCUGUGAACACAGUCAACGACAGUUUAGCUUGCUUAGCUUAUCUUAGCUUAGCAUAGUUUAGCUUUCCUGCUGGCUGAUGGUGGGGUCCUUCGCAGUUUAAAAGCUAACUAUUUGCUUAAGAGGUUGUGAGAUCCACACCAGUGUCUGAAGACAGGCUUUCAGCCAUGUCUGCUGUGGUGGAUCUGAAGACGAAGGAGGAGAAGGAUGCUGAACUGGACAGAAGGAUCGAGGCUCUGCGGAAGAAGAACGAGGCUUUAGUGAGGAGAUACCAGGAAAUAGAAGAGGAUAAGAAGAAGGCUGAACAGGAGGGCAUCGCUGUGACGACACCCCGUAAACCCCGCACUCACGAGCCAGAUCCAGAACGACGGAAAAUCGAGAAAGAGAAUUUCACUGUGACCGUUGACCUGUCUAGACCCGCUGGGGAGAAGCGAGUGGUAAAUGACAGGAAGCCACCGCCUCAUCGUGUUGAACAUGGCCCGGAGGACGGGGACGGCCUGCAGCCUCAUGGAGACAGUCCCCCCCGCAGGGCAGGGUCCGGUCGGCUGAACAGAGGCGGGCAGCGUGGGGGAGGCCCGCGCUCUGAAAGGAGAGAACCACGCCCAGAUAAAGGAGAUGUGAGAGCAGACAGACCACCCCGAGAAGGAGACGGGGGAGAGGGACGCCCCUGGGUAGGACGAAGAGGAGGUAGAGGAGGAGGAGAAGGAAGAGGAGGAGGAGAAGGAAGAGGAGGAGAAGGAAGAGGAGGAGAAGGAAGAGGAGGAGAAGGAAGAGGAGGAGAAGGAAGAGGAGGAGAAGGAAGAGGAGGAGAAGGAAGAGGAGGGCUGCAACAGGGCGGUGCUGGGUCUGAUAGAAAGUCGAAGGAGUGGGAAGAGAAGAGGAGGCAGAACAUUGAAAAGAUGAAUGAAGAGAUGGAGAAGAUCGCUGAGUAUGAGAGAGGUCAAAGGGCCGAUGGAGAGAAAAAUCCAAUCCGGAACUUUCUAGAUGAUCCGCGGCGCAGCGGACCCAUUCCAGACAUCGAUCGCAAAGAGGGAAGCCGCAGACACGUCCGCAACUGGGGGGGACUAGACUUCGAUAACGUGAAGACUGGAGCCGAGGUGGAGAAAGAGUGGACGAGUCGGCGGCCCGGAGGGAAAGGCUCGAUGGAUAUGACUCUGUCUAUGACCGGUCGAGAGCGGGCGGAGUACCUGCGCUGGAAAAAGGAGCGAGAGCAGAUAGAUGAGGAGAGACUCGCUCGUCACCGAAAUGCCACCGGCCAAUGGAGGCGAGAAUGGGAUGCCCAGAAAACAGAGAAAAUGUUUACUGAGGACCCAGCUGUAGGUGGAGAGGGCACACCAGAACCCAGCAGCAGCAGAAGAGCAGCUAAAGGGCGUAAUGCUCGUGCUCAGCAGCGCGGCGGGGCUACAGAGGACGGGAAGAGGCCUCCUAAAGUGCCCACGUUCGGAGACUUUCUGGGCCAAGGCAAACCCAGACGAGAAGAGAGGAACCAGGGAGGACAUGGAAGAGGGAAAGGACGAGGUCAGGGCAAGAGCUACAGUAUGCAUGAUAACAGAUGGGAAGGAGAGAAGGAGGAGGAAAAGGGUAAAAAGGAGGAGCAAGAGAAAGAGAAGAAGGAAGAGGAAAAACCCAAAGCUCCACCGGAAAAGCGUGCAACUGCAACAGAGAAACCAGGCGGCGGAGUCGGAGCUGAGGAAGAUGAUGAUGAGUGGGAGGAUGCCAGCGAUGGAGAGGAAGUUGAUGAUGGGGAAGGGGAAGAGGAAGAGGAAGAGGAGGAGGGAGAGGAGUGUAAAGAUGAAGAGAAAGAUUCACAGAAAGACUCUAAACCCACAGGGAAGAGCUCCGGUUCCCCGGCUCACUCCACCCCGAGUCCCCGGGGGCAGCGGACCCCCCGGCCCAGAGUCCGAAUCCCCUCCCCACAGGAGACCCUCAGCACCCCGGAGCCCACCAAGCCCCUCAGCCCCUUCACUCCUCUGGACGGACACCAGCCCGUAUCAGACUGGGGCGAGGAGAUGGAGAUGCUGUCUCCUAAAAGCAGCCUGGGAGAGAGCCCCCUGAGACCCAGCAGCACCGAGAGCAGCCCCAACCAGAACAAGAGCCGUGAGGGGGAGGGGGAGGAGCAAGAGGAGGGGGGCGGAGCCGGAGACGCCGCAAACCAACCCGCAGAGUCAGAAACACAGGAUAACGCUCAGCCCGUUGUAGAGUCAGCAGCUCCGGUGGUUCAGGAGGAACCAGUAUCAUCUGAUGCUGCUGCUCCAGCUGCUGACUCUCCCUCCAGCAGCAGAGCCCUGGAGGAGCCCAGCGUGCCGCCUGCUCAGGACUCGCAGCAGGAGGAGAUUGCAGCCCCGACUCUAGAGGCGGAUCAGAGGCAGUGUGGCGGUGAGGCGGCAGCAGCAGACGCUGUAGAGGAGCCGCUGGAUCAGCCGAGCUCAGGUGCUGUUCUUAUUACCGACUUUGAAACCGUGGCUUUCCGCAAGAACUCCCUCACCGUGACUGACAUCUGAGCACUAACUAAAGCCCCGCCCCUUUCUCUUUCAUUUCUAUCAUCCUCUUAUCUGCUCUCUCUCUUUCUCUCAAUCUUUUUCUCAUUUUUUUAAUUCUGUCCAUCUCUCUGUCUGUCCCUGUGUGAUCUGUCUGAUCGUGACUCUGCUAGUCGUGUCUGUUUUAUGAUAAAUGGAUCUGUCGCUCUGCUGCUGCCUCUGUGAUGGUUCUUCUCUGCCCUGGACCUCAGUCUCCUCUGUGAACCUUCUUGGCUCCUCCUCCUCCUCCUCAUGGACACAACUAAAACCUCCCCACUUACUGCAUCAGGAAACCUUUUCUCUGCAUUGCUUGUGGUGUUCCUUCCUUUGGUGUUUAAAUGGGAAUUUGGGGGUCUUACGAUACACAUUAAUAAUGAAUAAUGAAUAUCAAUUAAAUACAGUUAACCUGUGUGGUAGGCCUGUUACAAUAACUUACGUUUUGGAACUCAUAUUUAUCCCAAUAAUAUUUUUGAACAAUUAUUCAAAAUUCACUAAUAAUAUAUAAUUGAUGUUAUAAAAAAAUGCAUCAUCAUGAAAUUACACCCUUUUAAAGCUCUGCUUCCACUAAAAUCCUCUAUUUCUUGUUGUUAACCAUAUUGUUGAUAUAGUUGAUGUCCAAAGAAAAACGUAAAAAAGAGUCUCAAUCGCCAAAACAGCAACUUUACAGGAGAGAAUAAAAACCUUCCUAACUUUCAAUGGAAGUUAAUGUAAAAUGAAAUGUUAUUUCAGGUCAUUUUGAAGUAUUUCUGUUAAGAAAUUUUGGUACAGUGUAAGGGACAGUCUGUUCAAAUUAUGUAGUAAACUAAAAAUCCACGAAAAUGGAGAUACUUGUUGUUGUUAUUUUAUUGGACAGCGAUGAUAUAGUAAAUGAUAUUGAUAUUUUAGUAAUUCUAACAGGUCUCCUGUGUGGUGUUACACAGCUUAGAAGUAAAAUCAAGCACAAAAAAAUCACAAAGUUCUGUAUUUAAUUUGUUUAAUUCACUUUGAAAUAAAAAAAAGAAACCACAAUGUUUUUAAAUUUAGUAUUGAAACAGUAUUAUAUCAUGUAAUUCAGUAAAUAUCAUCAAUAAUGAAAGUUGUGUAUCGUAACACCCCUGUUUGCAUAUGGUAUUGCAAAUAUGGUCUGUUCAUGCAUGUUACUCACUGCUUGAGAAAAUCUGAUGUUCUUUAUUAUUAUUAUUAUUAUUUUUAUUUUUGUAUCGCCUCUAUUGAUGUGUGCUUAAGCAUGAGUGAGUGAUGUGGUGCUGAAUGGAUUCAGCUCUUCCUCCUGCAGACGAUGAGCUUCUGUAAUUCUGUGCAUCCUGCUCUCUUUCUCAUCUCAUUCGAUUUCUGCACGCUCUCAUUAACGUAGGAGGGGAUAAAUGAUGCCUAAAUUGGCUGUUAUACCCGAGCUGAUUGGCUGUUAGGCAGAAUGUAUGGUAGACAAUUGAAUUAAGCUGCAAGCAUCCACCAACCUUUCCUUCCUUUAACAUAAAGCACUGAAUGUGUUUAAGGUAUUUUAUUCUGGGUGGAUUUUUAUACUGUCCAUUUCCCCUUCAGCCUGUAUCAGGUAAGGUUAUACCGGUAAGGUUACCUCUAGGGUUAUUUUAUACAUAUUUUUAAUGUUUAAAAUGUUUUUAAAUCAGUAGUUGAAUGUAGUGAAUGUGUAGAAAGGAUGCAUUUGUGCGUAAUUUUGCUGGAAUGCAUAAUAAAUGUUUUGCUGCUCGUCAUUGUGCCUGUAUCUGUAUUUGUCUCCCUCUCCGUAUGAUUUUAAUUUUACACUAUAGAGAAGUCUAUCGGACUGGUUUUCCACACACAGAUGAACUGCUCUGUGGUUUUUAAUGAAAAAACACAAUCAAUAAAUUAUUUUUAUGUUUAUUCUGUAUCUGGAAAACACAGGCUUAUUAUUUUAUCCACCUUAUUUUGUCUGUCAAGAGUAAUACAAGUAAAAAACAAUAAUAUUAAUAAUUGUGAAAUACACUGUUGUUUAAGCAAAAUCUUUUCUAUUGUGACUUUGUAGUUAUCUGUAUUAUUGCUCUGGUUGUAAUGUUUAUUGACACCAGAACAUGAUUCUUACACACAGAAUAACAAAUAAAUCCCUGGCUCUUCAUAAUCAUGAAAAAUAAGGUGGAUAAAAAUAAGAUUUUUUUUUUCCUUGUAAUUGAUAAGUGUCAUUAAGUAUCCCAAGUUAUACUCUUAUUCAGUUUAAUUUGUAAUAAGAUAUUCUUGGUUGUGUACAUGACUUUACAUGUAGAAGCAUCUUACCCACUUAACCUGCUUAACUUUCUAUGAACUUUCUUAACACUUAACUUUCUAUGAAUCUCGCUUUUACAGUUCUGGAACAAAAUAAGAGAGCACUUAAAAAUGAUGAGUUUCUUUGAUUUUACCAAAUUAAAAACCUCUGGAAUAAAAUCAAGAGGAAGAUGGAUGAUCACAAACCAUCAAACCACCAAACUGAACUGCUUGAAUUUUUACACCAGGAGUAAA